CGAAAAGCGCAGCGAAAAGUCAACUACUGGGCAUAUCUGGGAAUAAUGAAAUACAAGCGACUGAUUACACACGAGUGCGGGUUUAUAUUCAUAUUGAUUUUAAUAUAAAUUUUAGAGAGACUCAUUCAGUCCUCCCAAACCGCAGAAGCCAAAGCACACGCGAACCGCUAAAGGCGAGAGCCCACAGAACACAGCCCGUAAAUUAGAGCCGCACACAGAAACUAGAUCAUGGCUGAGGACCCGGUGAACCAGCAGGCAUUCGCUGAGGACGUGGCAGCUGCCGCUGCGGCUGGAGGAGCCGGUGGUUUUGCCGGUCCCGAGCCCGGACACGCCGACUUUAAGAUGCCCAGUGCCGACGAGAUCUGGAAGCUGGUCGAGGGCAUGGAGGGAAUUUCGGACGACGAGCGAGCCGAGCUCCGCGAGAGCAUCUUUAACCCGAAGCCGCCGUCGCCGGAGGACUUCAUGCGCCAGUACGGGCAUCCGGGCCACAGUUCCCGGGAGUACCUGGUGUUCUUCGUGAUGCUGGCUCUCAUACUCAUCGUCUUUGCCCUCUUCGGCUACAAGUUGUACAAAUCGCUGACGGAGAAGGAGCUCAAGAAGCAGGAGAAACUCAAGAGCAAGCAGCAGAAGAAGGCCAAGAAGUCCAACUGAUGGAGAUGGAGGCGAAGAUAGCUUGACGCAGUACUUUCCGGCCCCGAGACCUUCCAUCUUGUUAAUCAAUACAAUCGCCCUGUAAAUGACAAAAUCAUAAGCCAGUAAACGUAAUAAAAUAAACAGUA